CAAAAAUUUGAGCUCAAUCGGAUGAAAAUAACCAACCCUGGAUUAGACUGGCAGAUUUUGCGUGCACGUCAAGUAAGUAUACAUACACUAGGCAUUUUGCUCUGGUAAAAAUAUGGAAAAAAAAAAAAAAAUGAAUAUAGGCACAACCGACCGAGCCCUGAAAACAGGUGAGCCUCCUCCGCUGGAUGAAGUUUUAAUAAUGCACCAACUCUUCCAGGCAACACACUCGGCUGCAGUUUGAAAAUAAAUCUGUCUAGAUUUUGCUCAUUUCAGAAAUGCGACGCCUACACCCUUGGGGGGGCCCGAUACACCAAAGUUUUACAAGCAGGUGCACGGAGUGUCGAGAGCAAUAAAACCAUGCGAAUUGCCCCUGCUGCGGCUCACGUGCACCGGGAUAAUUUGCAAUUUCAAUGAGAAGCCUCUCUCUUUCGUAAACACAGCCGCCACCGCCGCCCCAACUAUGCCAAAUCAUCCGCGAAGGGAAAACAACUAUAUCCCUCAUCGCGACGAUCACGAAGGGGGGGGGGAGGUUUUUUACGCUGCUAACAGCUCCCUCUCGAAAUUAUUAAAGAAAUAGGAAAAAUUCCAAUUAUCUCUAAUGAGCGAAAAAAAAAAUCCACCUCGUUUGCGCUCGCGCUUCUGUAUAUAUAUGCACAUGCAUACACGCAUUUAUGCUACAACGAUCGCAAGGCGGGCGAAGCACGUGGUGCAUCUCGCGACUCGUUGAUCAUUACUUGGUGCUCUUCCGCCCGUUAAAUUUAUACCCCUACUCCCCCUCCCCCUGUUUUUCCUCACCUGAUAACAUGUAUAUGUAUAUAAUUGUAAGUAUAUAAUAGUAUUUGCCAAAACUCGUGAAAAACACACACACGAGCGCCUUGAUUUAUUUAUAUACCGCGAGCGCGCGUUGGGCUAAAUAAAGACAAGACAACUUUAGUUCUUCCACUUUGUGCUGCUGCACAUGACUGCUAUAUGUACUGCCGAUCCGACUUUUAUGCCAAAACGGCACUAUGUCCAUUUUAAAUCACAUGUAUAUAUAUAUAUAAUAUCUCCUCGCGGAGAACAUUAUAUGUACGUACACAACGUAUAUAAUAAGUGUUACGGGUAUCUUCGUCCCGCGUCCACGUUGAUGCAGUUGUCAUUGUUGUUGUUGCCGCCGCCCCCUCUUUGCCAUUAGUUAAAAGUGACAAGGGAGGGGGCAUCAUCAUCGUCAUCGUCAUAGCGUUGCUAGCGCAUCACGAGAGUAGCUUAUUUGUCAAAAGCACCGCUUAGUUCGAACUCACGCGAGCUUUUGCUAAAGUCGCGUUGCUGUUGUAUAGUUUUUGUUGAUUCCUGUAUACACGUGAGGGGAAGAAAAAAAAAAAAAAAAAAAAGGAAGCCCGAGGGACACUGCCGCGCUGGACUGCCGAUCUCGAUCGUGAUUGAACCCUAGACCAUCGCCUCACGAUGAAUCUUAUGUUCCGCCGGAAUUUGGAGAAGGGCGGCGCGGGGGCCAGCGUCGGUGGCGGUGGCAGCGGUGGCGGAGGAGGAGGUGGCUUCGGCUCGGGGGGAUUUGGCGGCCUUCAGCUCAGUAGCGGCAACAACGGCGGUUUCGGCCCGGAGCCCCGAGCUCUAGGCGUGCGCCGCAGCAGGGACCUCGCCGGCCAGCCUAUGCAGCACCAGGAGCAGGAAUCCGGCGCCGGCCACGCUUACCGCACUCACUUGUUGUUCUCUGCGCACACAGGCGGUGGUCCUGCCUCGGCCGAGGAGCUAGCCGAGCGUUUCGGGCCCCGGAGGACCUCCGCCAACCCCCAGCAGCUCGUCAAGUGGGGCGGUUCACCCACCAACCAGCAACAGCAACAGGGCAGACGGAAGCAGAGCCAGCCCCAGCUCGACGAGCAACUCCAGCAUGGCAGGCAACAACAGACAUCCACUCCCCAGACCCUCGCCGGACAGCCCCGGCAGGCGGCCUCCUGCAGUUCCCGCUCCUCGUCCUCGAUGCAACAGCAACAGGUGUCCUUCGGCGGUAGAAGCUCCCAGCACCAGCAGCGCCCGAUCGCCUUCACACCCAGCCGCAGCGAGCCCAUCUCCUUGGCGCAACUCGAUCGCGACUGCUUCAUCAUACCGCUGGCCUCGUUGGACCGCUUCCUGCCCGCCGGUGUGCCGAGGGUCGCCGCAGCGGCGGCGGCGGCCGCGGCAGCCGGAGCGAGCAGUAGCGACAAGCGCAGGCCUGGCAGUCCGCUGUCGGUGCUGGAGGUCGAGGAUCCGAAGCAGUGCGUCCUGGCUCACUUCAUGACGAGCCUCGAGCCCCUCGAGCCCCUGGUCGAGCCCGUGGGCGUCCAGCCUCUCGUCCUGCAGCGCGACACGGCCGCCGAGCUGCUCUCCGAGAUCUCGCCUUCCGCCUCCCAGAGCAUUCUCCUGACCAACAUGGAACGAAACGCCGAUUUCCCGUUCAUCGGAUACUACGUGCUGAACAAGCAAAAGACGGAGCCGCUCGAGUUUUACCAGGAGGUGCAGGGCGCCGCCCUGAAAAAGUUCGACCCGCGCAGCUUGCGCUACAUCGCGAACCAUAGCCUCGAGCUUUUUAACGAGGUGGCAACGAUCGCGAGGCCACCUCUCGAGCCUCCGGGAGGCCGGCCGCCUGUUCCCUCGACCGGCUACCUCGUCUCGAUCUUCAAGGUCUUUGAGGGCGACGACGGUCUCAAGUUCGAGCAGAACUGGCUCUACUGGACAGGUGCGCGAAUGAUAUACCGAUAUCUGCCGAAAUCGGUGGGCCUCAGAAGGAUCACGCUGCACAAGUCCAUGUCCCAGGGUGACAAGACAUACUUGCUCAUCUGCGAGUGUUCGCAGCUCCAGGAGAAUCUCUCGGCCGCCGCGAUACUCCUGCCGGCUCUGAGAGCGAGGCUCUGCGGCUACGUCGGCCUCUACAGGCCCUCGGUGUGCUUUUAGACGCGUCACAACUAAUAUAGACUCAAGUAGUACUUAGUGUACCGAUAUCAUGCAAAAUGCAACCGUCCGCUGGAUAAAGCGCCUCUCGUGUAUCUGGUGCACUUGACGCGGGCGCCCAGGAGUUCAGAGACCUAUCAUGUCCUUAUGAUUUGUCGUUUCAAUUGUUUGCGUCGAUUAAAACUCGAUUCAGCUGAUUCGUACAAAGAGCAGGUUUCGCGUUCAAUAUACAAAGCAGCGAAUGACAAAUUUUUACACACCGUGAGUACACACACACACACACACACAUAUAUUAUAUAUAUAUACGCACGUAUCGUCGCGACGGUUUACAUAUCAUGAUUCGACGAGCUGUGAUAGCUCGCGAGACGCCUCCUUGUAAACGCGCGAAAAAGCCUUAAACUCUUUUUGUUCACGAGAGUGCGAGAGCUGGUGCGUGAAUGAUUUGUCGUUAGAAGUACCUUCACUCGCGUUGGGUAGAAUAUUCUACUUUUUAAUUUCAAAGAGUUCAUAUUAUAUUACACUUAGGGACGUAAUUUCGGGAACAUGUAAACCAGUAAUACCCAUUACUAUUACUAUAAACUUAGCAAGACUUUGAUUCAAUCGAGAAUCCUCAGAUGGAUUUGUUGAUAAAGGUACUUGAUGGUGAGUUUGGAACUAAUGAUAUCUCUAGCGAGGAAUAAGAAAGAUACUAUUUUAAAUAUACAAAACGAUACAAAGAGAAAUUAGAUAUGUAAAAUGAAAAAGAUAAAACAUUUCUGGCAUUGUAGUACAAAAUUAAUAUAAAAUCUAUGCUUGUUGCCUAAGCAGUGAAAGACGAGGGAGACAAUAUAGUUUAAUACCUAAAUUAAAGAUACAAAAGCGAUGCAAUUUAAUAUCUUGUUACAUAGUAUCUUUGACACUUAAGUCAUAAAAUUAUCUUUUGCCUGGUUAGGAAAAACAUUUGCUGUGAUUUGUGCAUGACAUGCUCUCACGCCGUGCACAUAUGUAUAAAUAAUUGAGAAAAAUCUCUUACAAUUAACAUCAACUGUGAUUGCAUACAAUAUAAAAAAAUAAAAUAAAAAAAAGAGGAAAUUUUCUAAAAAUUAUUUAGAGCACCAUUUCUGAAUUUCUUAAACUGUAUUUGCUAUUUACAUCUGCUUGGUGAGCCAUUUG